AUGUCUGUUGCCAAAUCCGCCGCUUCCAAGUUGGACUGGGCCUCUGUCAUCUCCUCUCUCAAACUCACAGGCAAAACUGCCACCCAGUUGACCUCAUUUAAGAAGAGAAACGAUGAGGCUCGCAGAAAGCUAUUGGAUUUACAAGCGCAGCCAAAAACCGUCGAUUUCGACCACUACCGUUCUGUUCUAAAAAACACCGAGGUCAUCGACAAGAUCGAAUCUUACUACAACUCUUACAAGCCUGUGUCUGUGGACAUCAAGAAGCAGGUGUCUACCAUCGAAGCCUUCGAAUCGCAGGCUUUGGAAAACGCCAAGGAAACCGAGAAAUUUGUUGCUCAAGAAUUGAAGGAUCUAAACGACACUUUGAAGAACAUUGAGUCUGCCAGACCUUUCGACCAAUUGACCGUUGAAGAGCUUGCCAAGAGCAGACCAGACAUCGACGCUAAGGUCGAGGAAAUGGUGAAGAAGGGCAGAUGGGAAGUUCCAGGCUACAAGGAGAAGUUUGGCGACUUGACUGUGAUGUAG